GCUCACGGCACAUGACUUUUCUACCCCUGCUCAUCAUUCUCACUUUUCUGUCCUGCUCCUAGCGACAGGGCCUGUCUGUUCUCCUUCCGCCGCGCCACAAAACCUCCAUGGAUGAGCCGUCUCCCCUAGAGUUGGCCGACGGAGAUGCAGUCCUAUGGCUCCCAGAGCCGGCCGCCGUAGAUCUAGCUCCGCAGCUCCCAGAUGAGGUGGAUGUGGAACCAGACGGAGUGGAUCCGGCAUCCCCGCUGCUCGUCGUCAGCCCCAGCCUCGUCGUGGAUCCUUCCCCACCACUCCCUCUCGAUUGCAAGGUGGAUCGACACAGAGAUGACCCCUUUCAGCCCGCCGUGGAGACGAUGCUUGCCUUCCAGUCUGACACGGAGAGGAUCCUGCUACUGCGUUCUCUGUCCAUCCCCAGGACACAAGAUGAUGAAUCAGCCUUAGCGGUUUUGGAACCAUCACGAAUCGAUUGGGAUGCAAUUGAAAUCGAACCUAGAUGGGAUGAGGAAGGAACAGAGGGAGUUGCUAGUGAACAUGGGUUGUAUGUUAAACUAGGACUGCAAAAGGAGGAUGAAAAGGGGAAAAAGGUUAGAGAAUCUAGAGCUAAAAAGAGAGGUGUCAGCACCUUUGAAAAUGAAUAUAUUGACGAUCAUGAAGGGAUGGCUUAUCUUGAGCAUAUACCAGAAGACAGGGCUAUCGUGUAUGACUGGACGAAUCCAGUGAUGAAAGUUGGUGCCUUGUAUCCAAAUAUGUCAGUGUUUCGACUUGCUGUGCGACACUAUGCAAUUAUGAAAGAGUUUGAGCUAGGCAUCGAGACUACUUCUACCUCUCGAUAUAGAGGGUUAUGUAUGGGUGAUGAUUGUCCCUGGAGACUUCAUGCAGUGUUGGAAGUGCCAGGAUCAGCAACUAUCAUUGUAACAGCGAUGACAGAUCGGCAUACUUGUACUUCAAGUGCCAGGAGAAGGACCACCACUCCCACUAGCUCGUGGGUUGCUGGACUAGCUCUUCCAAUCUUGAUGAAGAAACCAAACAUGGGUGCCAAAGAGUUACAAAAAGAGUUGCAAGACAAAUGGAAAUGUACCAUUUCCUAUGACACCGUUUGGAAGGGAAGAGAAAAGGCCUUUCUUGAUUUGCAUGGUGCUUGGGAGGACAGCUUUCGACUAUUAUUUAGUUGGAAGGAGGCGGUUUUGGAAAAAAUGCCAGAUAGUGUUAUUGAGAUUGAUGCUGAAGAAGAGGAUGGAAAGGUGUUUUUCAGUAGGUUUUUCUGUGCUUUUGGACCAUGCAUAAAAAGGUUUCUUCAAGGAUGCAGACCAUAUCUGAGUGUUGAUUCGACAGCUUUGAACGGUAGAUGGAAUGGACAUCUACCGUCAGCUACCAGCGUGGAUGGACAAAAUUGGAUGUUUCCAGUCGCAUUUGGUUUUUUUGAUUUCGAAACUGAGAAGAACUGGACUUGGUUCAUGAAACAACUUCAUAAGGCCGUCGGAGACUUACCUGUUCUUGCUGUGUGUUCAGAUGCUUGCAAAGGAUUACUCAAUUCUGUGAAGUCUGUUUUCCCGUAUGCAGAGAAGAGAGAAUGUUUUAGGCACCUAGUUCAGAAUUUUAUCAAGUUGUUCCAAGGUUCACAACACUUGUUUCCAGCUGCACGUGCAUACAUGCCUGAGGUGUUUGAGCAAUAUUAUGCUAAUGUGGAAAGUGUUCCUGGUGUGAGCAAUUGGUUUAACAAACACCAUAACAUGCUUUGGUACAGAAGUGGGUUCAACCCGGCCAUAAAGUGUGACUACAUCACCAAUAACAUCGCUGAGGUUUUCAACAAUUGGGUCAAAGACUACAAGGACCUACCUGUAUGUGAGCUGGCUGACAAAAUAAGAGAGUUGCUGAUGGAUCUUUUCCAUAGAAGGAGGAGGAUUGGAGAGAAGUUUCAAGGAAAAAUCCUACCAGCUGUCAUCAGUGUUCUGAAUGCUAGAACAAGGGGGUUAGGCCAUUUGUCUGUUACGCAAGGUGACUACUUUGAUGCCGAGGUACGGGACCAUAAUGAUUGUAUUACUAGACAUAUUGUGAAGGCAAAAGAUAGGUAUUGUUCUUGCCAAGAGUGGAUGCACACCGGUAAGCCAUGCCAACAUGGACUGGUUGUAAUCAUAUCCCAACAAUAUAGAAAUGUUAAGUUAGAGGACUUUGUGGAUGAUUCCUACUCCGUGGAGAAGUUCCGAAAAGCUUAUGAGGGGAGGGUGGAACAACUCCGAGACAAGUUCUUUUGGCCGAGAGUAGAUUUUGCAAAUGAAGUGAGUGCCCCACUUGGGAAAAGAGGUGUAGGACGACAAUGGAAGAAUAGAAUUAAGGGAUGCCUUGAAGGUGGUAGCGGGAGAAAACAUAAGGGAAAUGAGACUGAGAAAGAUAGAAAAGUGAUCCGAAGAAAGUAUAAGUGCCCCAACUGUGGGGAAUUGGGACAUCGCAAGAACAGCCCGAAGUGUCCCCAAAAUGGGACAAAGAAAAAGCCAAGAAAACCAAGAAAGAAUACCACGAAAGGAUGGAUUCCUCCAGCACCAAGGGAAGAUGUCGGCUCAUCACAGACACCACUCGCCUUGUCUCAUGCAUUGGAAGACGCCGGUUCAUCGCAGCCUUCUGCAAGGGUAGCUGAGUCCCCUCCAAGGCAAACUAGGAUAGCUGUACGCAAAAUGACACCGAAGAAGAAGAAAAUUUCGUCCAUGAUUUAAAUUGUAGUUGUAUGAUUUGGAAUGUAGUUGUACGGUUUGAAUUAUUGUUCUAUGGUCACUUUGAAUACUGUGUGAUUUCAAUAUCCAAACUGCAGCCAGACAAAACUGCAAUUGUGGACAGAAAUGUUCUUCUUCUUGCUCACUGUUUGGACAAAACUGCUAUGUUUUUUCUAAUAAUCUAGAUUCAUUCAUGGUUGUGGCA